CAUUUUGUUUCAGCUGCUGAAAGCCACCGGCCGAGGAACAGACCCACCGAGCCGCUCCCUAACCAGCGCGUUAAACCAGCACUAAACCCGCUUUAAAACACCGGGCCGAGCCUCCCGUUAUCAUCCGAAAGGAAAAGGAACCGUGUCGUAUGUCCGCUAUCCAGAACCUCCAAACUUUUGACCCCUUUGCUGAUGCAACUAAGGGUGAUGAUCGGCUCCCUGCAGGGACUGAGGACUACAUCCACAUAAGAAUUCAGCAGAGGAACGGCAGGAAGACUCUGACCACAGUGCAGGGCAUUGCUGCUGACUAUGACAAGAAGAAGCUAGUCAAGGCCUUCAAGAAGAAGUUUGCAUGCAAUGGGACUGUGAUUGAACACCCUGAGUAUGGUGAAGUGAUCCAGCUGCAGGGAGACCAGCGCAAAAACAUCUGCCAGUUCCUCACAGAGAUCGGACUGGCCAAAGAGGAGCAGAUCAAAGUUCACGGUUUCUAGAAGCUUCUCUUACCCCCUCCCCCUUUCCCUUCUACCCUCCCUCUACUAACUAACCCUUCCACCUUCCCUUACUUCCUUCCCCCCUCCCAAUAAAGGUGUAACAGAGAUGACGACUAUGGCUCCUGAUUGGAGAUGCUGCUCCAACAUGGCUUCCUCACAGCGCAGACGGCUGACGCCCAGCUGAUUUUUCUCCGUCUCUCUUUCCUUUUUAGUUAGUGUGCUUUUCAUCUUUGUUUUGUACAAACAUGUUUCAAUAAAAAUCCUCAGAUGCGA